AUGGAACGAUUCAAAGAGAGAAUCGCACAAAUGCGAGCAGAGAUUGAGACUGCCAAUACACAAGCUGAAGAAGCCGCUGCGAGAGCUAAGCAACUCGAGACGGAAGAUAUCCGUAAAGGUCAUGAACAAAAGUCAUUGGCUUUAAGGGUGAAGUCGCUGCAGGAGCAACUGGACAAAAAGCAGAGUCAGCAUCAACAAAUGACCGAAAAGUGCCAAGAAGCGAAGGACCGUGCUGAACUGUUAGAGAAAAGGAUGGAAACGUUGGAGCAAACCAUUGAAGCCAAGGAAGCGGAACAUGAAGAAAUGAAAAACAGAUACAAAGAUGCCAAAGCUGAAAUGGAUGAGCUAGAGCGACAAAUGGAAGGUGUUUGA